AUGAAUGUGUUGCUCUUACAGAUAACUUGCCCUGGAGUGCUGCUGAAAGACAAAGAGGAACUUUAUCUCAGUGUCUCUGUACUUGGACAGUACAAAAAAACUCAAUGCGUCCCUGCAGCGUUUCCACUUUUCUUUCAAGAAAAACUAGUAUUUGAAAAGGCAUUUUCUGAUAUAGUUGAUCCUGGAGACCUUGUGGAAUUACUGGAACUUGACACAGCAGUACUUGAACUAAUACAGCUCGUUCCUCCAGUAGGAAAAAUUCUAGCUACGUAUGAAGAAAAUACAAGAGAUUUCCUGUUCCCUGACCCUAAGCUUACCUGUGGGCAGCAUGGUUUAGAUCGUGAGAUUUUAAUGAAGAGGUCCUCUUCUUUUACAGGAAUCGCACCAAAAUUGAGAUUUUCUACAAGUUCCCUUAUUACAGAAAGACUGUUAAGCUCAGGAAGGAGUCACAUACAGGGUGAUUUGAAUUGGGUACAUCACUCAACCCCAAAUGAAAAAUUACAAACAAAGUUACCAAAGAAAAAUACUCUUUCACCUGAGAAAACCAGGCACAGCUUAGCAACAAAGAACUACGAGCAGCCUACAAUAGCUUCUAAAUCACGUUCUCCAUCUCCAUACACAAAAAGACGAAUGUGUGAGCUAUCAGAAGAAGCCAGGCAACGACUGGCCCAUUUAAACCUUGGUCCUUAUGAAUUCAGAAGAGAAACUGAUAAACCUCCAUUUGUAGUUAGACGGGUUGAACAACCAAGUCCUGAUAUUAAACUUCAUACCUGGUGUCCCACACAAGAUAGUACAGUGGAAGCCUGGACCAAGGUAGACCAUGAUCCUUCUCUUCUUGGCAGCUACAGACCCAAGAAAGCCAAAGCAAAAUCUACUCAUGGAAAAGACUUUGACAGUUCUGAUGUUUGCCAUGAGGAUGUAAUCUCAGAUCCACCCAACAGGGAGUCCUAUACCGGUUCUGGUUCUUUAAAGCAUUCAGCACCUCCAGCAUUUCAGAAGCAUUCUCUAAGUUCUGUGCUAAAUCGAUCUUCUCUAAGGGAAAGAUUUAGCUCUGGUUGGCCUUCACCAGCAAAUGGAGAUGAGAUCCAUAAGAGAGUGAAAAAUAUUUUAAGGACACACAGUGCUAGACAGCACCUAGUAUUUGAUGAGAGUAACACAUCAAAAGGAGACUUGACUAAGACAAGAGAAUCUUCACAUAAAGUGCCCUUAUCCAUGAGUGAACUGCAGAGCAGUUCACCAGUGCAGCAGAACACUACUGUUCAUUUGGAUAAUGGUAAAUAUUGGUCUAGUCGUGCAGCUAUAUACAAAGGGAAGCAUCACAGAGUGAUCUUUGAAGAGAGUCUCGAGAAAAUAUACAGAAACAUGUACCGAAAAGCUUCUGGCACUGUUUUGGACCAAAAAAUGCACUCCUGA